AUGCACCCUGAGUCCCUUCCUUUGAAGUCUCUUCGCCUUUAAGAAGGAGGAGAGGGCGGAUCGGAGCCGAAGCCCGGCCCAAGGGGCUGCUACUAGAGGCGAAGGAGGAAGCAGGCGAGUUUCCCUUUGACCAGGCGCUGCAGCCCAGCUCCCUCCGGCAACCAUGGUGAAGAUCGUGGCGGUCAAGACGCAAGCCUACCCGGACCAGAAGCCCGGCACCAGCGGGCUCCGCAAGCGGGUCAAGGUCUUCCAGAGCAGCGCCAACUACGCCGAGAAUUUCAUCCAGAGCAUUCUCUCCGUCAUCGAGCCGGGCCAAAGGCAGGAGGCCACCGUGGUGGUCGGAGGGGACGGGAGGUUUUACAUGAAGGAGGCCAUCCAGCUCAUCAUCCGCAUCGCCGCCGCCAACGGGAUUGGUCGUCUAGUAAUUGGUCAAAAUGGAAUUCUCUCUACUCCAGCUGUCUCCUGUAUUAUUAGAAAAAUAAAAGCAAUUGGUGGUAUCAUUCUGACAGCAAGUCACAACCCAGGUGGACCUAAUGGAGAUUUUGGUAUCAAAUACAACAUUUCAAAUGGAGGACCCGCCCCUGAAGGCAUUACUGACAAAAUUUUCCAGAUUAGCAAAACUAUUGAAGAGUAUGCUAUAUGCCCAGAUUUAAAUGUCGACCUCAGUACCAUUGGGAAACAGCAGUUUGAUUUAGAAAAUAAAUUUAAACCAUUUACAGUUGAAAUUGUGGAUUCGGUAGAAGCUUAUGGCAACAUGUUGAGAAAUAUUUUUGAUUUUAGUGCACUAAAGGAGUUACUCUCGGGUCAAAACCAUCUAAAGAUUCGAAUAGAUGCUAUGCAUGGAGUUGUUGGUCCUUAUGUAAAAAAGAUCCUCUGUGAAGAGCUUGGAGCCCCAGCAAAUUCAGCCGUGAACUGUAUCCCUCUUGAGGACUUCGGUGGACACCAUCCUGAUCCAAACCUCACUUACGCUGCUGAUCUCGUUCAGACUAUGAAGACAGGAGAGUAUGAUUUUGGAGCAGCUUUUGAUGGAGAUGGGGAUCGCAACAUGAUUCUUGGAAAACAUGGAUUCUUUGUGAAUCCCUCAGAUUCCGUAGCUGUAAUUGCUGCAAAUAUUUUUAGUAUUCCUUACUUUCAACAAACAGGAGUUCGAGGAUUUGCCCGAAGCAUGCCCACAAGUGGUGCAAUUGACAGGGUAGCCAAAGCUACAAAGAUUGCAUUAUAUGAAACACCAACAGGUUGGAAGUUCUUUGGAAAUCUCAUGGAUGCAAACAAACUUUCUCUGUGUGGAGAGGAGAGUUUUGGUACUGGUUCAGAUCACAUCCGUGAAAAAGAUGGACUCUGGGCUGUCUUGGCAUGGCUCUCAAUCAUAGCUGUCCGCAAACAGAGUGUAGAGGAGAUCCUGAAAGACCACUGGCAAAAAUAUGGGCGAAACUUCUUCACAAGAUAUGACUAUGAAGAAGUGGAUGCUGAUGGUGCUAACAAGAUGAUGAAGGAUCUAGAAACAAUGUUCUUUGACCGUUCCUUUGUGGGGAAGCAGCUGUCAGCGGGUGAUAAGUCAUACACAGUGGAGAAAGCAGAUAACUUUGAGUACAGUGAUCCUGUGGAUGGAAGCAUCUCAAGGAACCAGGGUCUGAGGCUCAUCUUUACGGAUGGCUCUCGUAUCAUCUUUCGACUAAGUGGCACAGGAAGUGCUGGGGCAACGGUACGACUGUACAUUGAUAGCUAUGAAAAAGAUGCACCCAAAAUAUAUGAAGACCCACAGGUCAUGUUGGCUCCUCUCAUCUCCAUCGCACUGAAGCUUUCGCAGCUUCAUGAAAGAACUGGUCGCACUGGUCCCACCGUUAUCACAUAAAUACAGAACUUGAAGCCGUUUGAGUUGACGAGUGAUUGGCCACUGUCAAUUGGAAUCAGCUAGCCUUCUUUUCUGUUGCGGUUUUAACUCCUAAAAUGCUAACACUGUAAUCAAAAGCACCAACAAGUGAUAAAAGGAUAGAUGUGACAUUUGAAAGAGUUUAUACUCUUCGUAUGCCAAUAUACAUUGUCCCGUUAAUGUCAUCUCGUUACUUUUCUAAUAUGUGCAUAGUACUUAUUUAAUAUAAGCUGCCUUUUGCAUUUGCAGUUCUGAGAUGGUGUUAACUCUUUCUCAAGAGUGUCUCUGAAUUGCUUCUGCACAAAGGCAUUUUUGGGAAGGUAAUGGGUAGAUUUUCCUUACAACCAGUGUGAAUAAUGGUCUCUUCCCUGUCACUGUGGAAUGUCUCUUUCAGUUGGACUCUGUGCCAUAGUCUUUGUACCAAGACCCCACUGCCACUCUUGCACAGAAUUCACCACAAACACAAGCAUUACAAGAUAUUAAAAUAAAAUGAACCAUUGGCACUA